CGAGAAAAACAGAGACGUAUACUUCGGGGACAGGAAAGCUAUGGUCGUGGCGGGUCUUCCGCGUCGGCCGCGUCGACGAGGACGACGGACGAGCCCGCGUCGGAGUGCGCCACGACCACCAAGUCGGAGCCCUCGCUUUGUGCUCGCGGGAGCGGCUGCGCGUCGGCGAGCGGGUUGAGGGCCGCGAGGCGCGCGAGGAGGCGCUCCGUCGGCGGCGAGUGGAGCGGUUCUGGUGGUGGCGGCGGCGCAGGCUCGUCAAGUAAGGGCGACGGCGGCUCCGCGGCCAGCGCCUCCAUGGCGUCGAGGGCACUUCGCGCCGCCGCGGCCGCGCGCUGCGCGGCCGCCGCGUCGGCCGCGUCCGCGGCGGCCGCUGCCGCCUCGGCGUCGAGCCUACUAAAAUGCUCCUCCUGCUCGCGCUGGAAGGCCUCUAUCUCGCGCCGGCACGUCACCCGCGCGGCGUCGACGGUGUUCAGCGCGCGGUCGCGGAGCGCCGCGAGGUUGUCCGGCAGGCCGCUCUCCUCGACCUUCUCGUCUAUUGUAUUUUGGAGGUUCGCGAGCGCCUCCUGCCAGAAGCCUGCGUGGUUGGCGCGCGUGACAGUCCAGAGGCGCGCGUGACAGUCCAGCGUGAAAAAUCUGGCGGACGACCCUCCUGCCGAUCGGCGUUUGAAAAAUCCCCCAGGGCUCGUUCCGGCCACAGCCUCGGCGCGCGGCCUCAACUCGCGGUGGCGUCGUCGGGCUACGCCGUCUAGCGCGCCGGCUCCGUGAAAUGGACGCUGAAAGUGGACCACUCAUCUGGACCUGCUUUUAGCCGGUUCGGCACAGCUAGCGUUAUUUAUUUUUCGGGCUGGGGUGGCAGGUGUCUGAUGGCCACGUGGCAGCGGCGAACAUUCAAACGGGCGGCCAGGGGGCGCGAAAUCCGCUCCGCUCUGACAUCUCAGGCG